AACCAUCAGGCAUCGCAGUGACACGCGCGGCGUGUCCGUCGGGUCUGUCUGCGUCUGUCUGUCGGUAUUUUCACGUCAUGCCGCGCGCGUGCUUUCACCUUUACCGUAUUGGAGGCUGAUCUGCGGACCUCCGCGAGGGUCCGCGAGCUGCAGCCCGAAGAACGUGACCGGAGAGCAGAGGCUCGGUCCCGCCGGUGCGAGGAGCAGUUUACCGGAUAGACGCCGGAGGAGCUCCGCGGGUCGCGUACAGUUUGACCCAUGUGAUCAUACUGCUCAGCCCUAAUUCGCCCGUUUGCCACUCAGAUGGUGAUGUCAUCAUGAUGCUGCCAGUCACCAGGUUUAAAGGUCAGCCGGCUGGCAUGGUAACCACCACCACACCCUGGCUGUCUGUAAGCACUGACCCCUCCCCCCAGUGGCUGUGGUUGUCCAGCUGGUCAGCUGCAACAUACCAGGCCAUGCCUCCUUUGGUGUUCUACCCCCCAGCUGUGUGGAUACCUGAGCACGCACAACUGAUGCAGUGGGAGCGUCCAGCAGUUGAAGUUGUUCCUCUCGUCCAGCCGUUUUAUCAGUCUUCACCUCUUCACCAUCAUUGUCCUCAUCGUUUCCCAAAGUUGCAGAUCACUGAUACCUGGUUCUCACCAGAGGAAGUGGGAGUGUUUCCAAGGAGACAGAAGCGCCUCCUGUUAACCAAUCGGAUAAUCCCGAGAUCACGUAGACAAACCUCUACGGCCAACCUGCUGCUGUUCCCUCCUCAGCUCUCAGAUCACAUCAGGAGAGACAACACAAAGACAAGAGAUGCUGAACCUGAAGACUCUUCUUCCUCCUCGCUCCCACUACACCUCCUGUCUUUGUCUCCUCUCCCUCUCCCCACAGCUCCUCCUCCAUCGGAUGUAAUGUACUGUGAAUGGACCGGCCUUCACAAGCAGAGACACAAGGAGGCGUGGCAUCUCAUUCUACCCAAUCAGCAUCGAAGAGUGGCAUGGCUCCGGCCAAUGAUAAGCUGUGAAAGAAGACCAACACCACCCAUGCAGCAGUGUGUUUCUGGACCUGUUCGUCCCUCUCAGCUCUGCACUGAAAAGUGUCCUGUGUUACCUCUCCAGGUGAUCAAAGAAGUUCAACCUUUUUUUUCUUCACAAUUUUCUUCCAGAUUCACUUUGCUGACAAACUACAGACACAGGAAACGAGGAACAGGUGGAGGAAAGCUUUCCUAUCAAGGAGCGUUACUGCUGAGGACAAAGAAACCAGAAGACAAACAGUGUGUCAGUGUGUCUGUACACAAAGAAGAGGAUGAUGAUGAAGAGGAGGAGGAGAUAAGAGAAGGAAGAAGGAAAGACAAGCGCCCUGUCGCCUCAACUCCUGUGCCUGGGUCCCCAUGGUGUGUGGUCUGGACUGGAGAUGAUAGAGUGUUCUUCUUCAAUCCCACAAUCCAUCUCUCUGUGUGGGAGAGACCGGGAGAGCUGAUUGAUCGAGACAUCAGCCGCAUCAUCGAGGACCCGCCCCACAAGAGAAAGAAGACCUCACCUUCAGAAAUCAGCUCUAGCUGUCAAUCAACUGGUCUCCAUAGGAAUGAUGAAGAUGAAGAUGAUGACCUUAAACACAGCACCAAGAGGAACAGAACAGAGGAGUCGAUGUCUCUCGUUCCCCAUCCAGGAGGGGUUCAGCUCCUCCCACUGGAACUCCGGAUCGCUCACUUCAAGGAAAUGAUGCUGGAGAGAGGGGUGUCUGCAUUCUCCACCUGGGAAAAGGAGCUUCAUAAGAUGGUAUUUGACCCUCGAUACCUGCUGCUGACUUCAGAUCAGAGGAAACAGGUGUUUGAUCAGUUUGUGAAGAGCAGGAUGAAGGAUGAGUACAAAGAGAAGAGGAGUAAAUUGCAGAAAGCCAGAGAAGAGUUCAAACAGCUGCUGGAGGAAGCAAAGAUCACCAGCAGAACAACCUUUAAGGAGUUUUGUGUUCGUUAUCGGGAUGACCAGCGAUUCAGCACUCUCACCAGGAAGAAGGAACAGGAAGUACUCUUUAGCCAUUACAUCACAGCCUUAAAGAAACGAGAGAAAGAGAACAGAACCAGACUGAGGAAGAUGAGAUGAGAACAUGUCUGAGAAAGAACCUCACAGAACCAUCUACAACAUUUAUAGAACCCUUUUAGCUCCUUCCAAAUCUUCAGAAAACCUUCCGGGAACUCCUGUCUCACUGCACUCAUGCCUCCUGAUUCCUGGAUUUAGACUCAUGUCUUGUUUAACAAAGUGAACCGGGACUAUCAAACUGUCUGUGGUUUUGUUGGACAAACCUGAAUGGGACCAGAACCAUCAUUCUCAGUAGAUUCGCAUGGUUCUAGACUUUGUAAAUUGUCAGGUCAGUAUGAACCUGAACCAACAUUAGACCAUUUUCUAGGGUGAACUGCACUUCAUCAUCUGGAUCUGCUGGACUGGAUCUAAUUCAUAGUCUCAUUCAUCCUAACUGACAGAAACGAAAACCAGAGCACAAAAACAAAUGUUCAUCUGUCUGACUGUUUCUUUGUCCUGUAAAGACUAUUCAUUCAAACUUCAUCAGCACUGCAGCUUCCUAGACUUAAAAUGGACCAUAAUAACAGAUUAAAAACAAUAACAAGUAGAUAAAAGACCAUAAACAAAGAGAUUAGUGAAUAAACACAUUUUAAACCAGAAGGGCACUCUGAGGGCAGAUAACUGUGUAAAGACAAAUACUGAACUAAUCUACAGACAAACUCAGAAAACCCAAACUUCAUUUGUGUAAUCUGAGAAACAAACAAAAAACCCCAAAAAGGAGUGAAUACAUGAGCUCUUUAGAGGCUCUACCUCCUCUGUAAAGGUAAGCAUGAAUGUAAAAACAAUGAGAAUAGUGAGCCACAAUCCUCUGACCUUUCAUAUGUAAAGGGAAAAAGGUGGAUGAUAUGAUAACAUCAAGCUUGCAAAUAUCAGCGAGUUUAGUCAGGUCCUGAUAAAGCUGGGCAUACACUGUGCGAUUUUUUUUUGGCUCGUUUUGAGCUGAUUUUUCAGUCAUGCGACCGUUUUGGUGAUCGGCCCGAGUUUCGCCUUCAUCGUGUGUCGUGUAGUAUAUGUGGAGUAACGAGAAGCGAUUAACACCUCACGACCAGCUCCCAAUCAUCAAUCGUUUGGUCGUAAGAAAAUCAAACCUGUUUGAAAUCCUGUCGGCCGUCGUGAGGGCGUCACCGCAGCCUCUCACACUGCGCACGUGCAAACACAGAAAUGAAAGUGAAAAGACGGAGCAGCACGGCUGUGCAGCGUGUGAUCUGGACACGAGCGAUGGAGGCACAACUUGUAAAACUUUGGCUCAUCCGAGCCUUUUUGAUGUGGCCUCACAAAAUUAUCACGACCACAACAACCGUGAAAAUAGUUGGAUUUACAUUGCUGCUCAAUCACAGCUGCCUGAUCAAUGUUUUUCAUUAGCAAUUUAGCAAAGUUGAUGGUGGUGGUGCGUGUCUGUGUGAGUGAAAGACAGAGAGGGAGAGCGAGCGACAGAUUUUCUGUUAUAACCUUCAUUUUAUGGAGGCACAGUGUGAGCACUCAGGUCGCAUCAGAGCAUCGGGCGGUAUAGUGUGAGACCCUGCAUCGUGACCUACCAACUUAUAACCCCUGCGAGUCAAUUGUGCAGUUUGAGCAGAAGCUGAAUAACGCGACUGAAACAAUCGCACAGUGUAUGCCCAGCUUAAGUGGAUUGCUUCCAGGAACCAGACUCAGCAACCCUGAAGACUUGGUGUCAGGUACCACAAGGAACCUUCGAGGUCUGUCACAUCCAGGCCUAUGGAGUCCUGCUGUGCAGUGUGCUGGUCUUUGGAUUCUUGGUCUGUAGAGUCCACAAUUUGUGGAGUCCAGGGCUGCGAAGCCCAUGUCUAUGGAAUUAAUGUUUAUGGAGUCUACGUCUAUGAAGGUCUGACCUUGGUGGCUCUCAGCUUUUGCAGGUGUUUUUAAUAGUGUGUUUUCUCUUCAGUGUGUGUUUACAGUGUGAUCCUUUAACUUCAGUUUGUGUUUGAUUCCUGGAAACAAACCUAUAGACCCCAUUAAGAAAUCUGACUUUUACAAGUUUUCCAGAAAUUCUCAUCUGCUGUAGAAAAUGGCAAACUAGGAGACUUGGCAGUUUGAUUGGCCAUUUGAUGUACUCUGGGAGUUGUAGGGGAUGUUGGUGUAGCUCCUUCAGUUUCUCAAAAUACCGCCUGAUUACUAACCGAGAUUGAAAUUAUCAAGGGCUCAAAAUGUCAUAAACAGGAAGUGACAACCCUUCUCAACUGAUCACAUGAUGUUAAACUGCUUUGGGACUUUUUGCCACUGACUUGAAGUCUUCCAGACUCUACUCACACAGUAGAUGAAACACAAUAAUGAUCAAUGGGUUUUUUUAAGGCGGUAUGAUUAAUAAAAUUGUUAUUAAUAAAUUUACACUGUAAGAUUAAAAAAAAACCAUUCUGCAUUCCUCUAACAUCUUUAUUUCUGGCAAGGUCAGUUCUUUCUUACAAAUCUUUGUAUACAUUUUUACAUUUUUUCAGGGUUCUUGUCGUUACUUGAUACUUAUUGUCACAGCACUAUAAACUGUAUGUAAUUUUCUGUCUGUAAAAAUUGCUGAAUUACAAAAAUGUCCGUGUGAAUCCCUCAUGGUGAUCUGAUGUCACCGUCUUAGCAACAACAAACUUCGACAUCUGAGAGCAGAGACCCCAGAAACAGGAAGCACCUGCUCACGCUGUUGGCAUUGAGGACUUGGCCAGCAGAGAGACAGUCCCUCAACCAUCACAUGUGCACCUGUUGGUGAGCAGCUCAGCUGACUCACCUGUCCUUUCUGAACAGUUUCACCUGACCCAGCUUCAUUUAUAAAGUGUGCUACUGUUUGUGGUCAACAAACAAACAAACAAAACCUAUUUGGUGUAAUCCCUGCCCUCACCAAUGGGCACGGUGAGCUGUUGUUGGGCAGGCUUUGUGUCACGAUGUCCUGAUUGGGUGUUUUGUUUUUUUUGUCUUCUCAUUGGAUGAUGUCUGUGUUGAAAUGAUCUGUGUGUUCUGAUGUUUCAUUGGCUGUUGGUCCUGCUGUGUUUUAAAUUAAACUGUCAAAAUUAAA